AUGUCCCUGCCAGAGUCCAGCGAGCAGGAGAGCCAAAGCCAGGAACCCACCCGCGAGCCCAGGAUGGAUGUUGUCCCCGCAGUCCCUCCAAUACCCAAGAAAUUCUCCAAGCUCGUCCUGCUCACGGCCUCCAAAGAUAGUGCCAAAGUGACCGGGGCCAAGCGCAAAGGGGUGCACUGUAUCAUGUCCCUGGGAAUUCCAGGUCCAGCCACCCUUGCCAAGGCCCUCCUCAAGAUCCACCCAGAGGCCCAGCGGGCCAUCGAAGCUGCGCCCCAGGAGCCUGAACCCCAGGAACCCGAGAUGAAACGCAGCCGGCCAGACACAGAUGCAGAAGAGCGAGGUGAUGGAAGAUUAACAGAGUCUGCGCCUCCACAUCCCGGGGUGGAAGGGGAGGAGCCUGCGCCCUUCGCUGGCGAAGCUUACAACGACACAGCUGCCCCGGGUUCAGCACGUCCCUGCGACCUAGACAAUUGCGCCAGGACUGCGUCAGCGUGGGCAGGGCCCGAGUGA